AUGUCCGAGAAGUCACUAAGCAUAGAAGCCUUCCAAGGCAUUCAAAUUGACCCUGCGUCUGGAAGCAGACAUAGCUUGUCCUACGAUGAGUGGGAGACAAAGGCAGUCGUUGACCAGGAAAUACCGAAUGAACAAGGUUCUCAGAAGCUUGCAACACAACCUGGUGAAGCACCAGAUGGAGGAUUAAGGGCAUGGCUCGUAGUGUUUGCGCGAUUCCUACAAAGUUCUGCCCUUCAGGUCUUCCAAGCGUAUUACGAGGAAAAUCUACUACUUCACACGUCACCUUCAGCUAUAGCAUGGAUUGGUUCUACGCAGUACGCGCUCGCGUGCCUUCCAUCGCUUGCUACGGGGCGAAUGUUUGAUCUGGGAUACUUUAAAAUACCGUUCUUCGCCGCUAGCUGCGUCCUCGUUGCGUGCACUUUCCUAACCGCGGAAUGCACUCAAUUCUGGCAGUUCUUCCUAACGCAGGGUGUCGGUAUAGGAGUGUGCUGUGGUAUCAUGUGGACUCCCGUAGUCGUCAUCGUGUCACAUUGGUUCUCCAAGAGACGCAACCUUGCUUUGUCACUCACCACUGUUGGGACUGCGCUCGGCAGCGUCGUGUUCCCGGUAGCGGCACAAAGUUUGAUCCCAUCAAUUGGGUUUAAAUGGACUGUACGUGUGUUUGGAUUCAUUCUGGCGGCUACCCUGGGGACGGCCAACGUAUUACUGAAACGACGGCUUCCGCCCGUUAACGUUCAUGGGGGACUCUUUAAUCUCAAAGCAUUCCACAACAGAGCAUAUACCAUGUAUUGCAUCUCAGGAAUUAUUAUACUUUUAGGUCUUUAUACAGAGCUCACAUAUAUCUCUGUGAGCGCCGUAGCAAUUGGCGUCUCCAAAGAUUUUUCGUUCUAUAUACUCGCGAUCGCUAAUGCGACCUCUGCGUUACGUGUGUCAUUUGGACUGAUGGCAGAUAAAAUUGGCGCUACCAAUACCAUGGCAGUUCUGACUGCUAUGACGGGAAUCGCGACAAUUGCCUGGCCAUUUGCUAAAAACGAAUCCCAGCUUAUUGCAAUAGCCGCCAUUUACGGGUUCUCCCUCGGAGCAUAUGUAUCUCUGUACUCUGCACCUCUUGUGGCAAUGGGACAGAUGGAAGACGCGGGGCGUCGAGUGGGAAUGUUCAUGUCUCUAAUUGCUUUUGGAGGCAUUGCGGGUACUCCGAUAUCGGGCGUCAUCAGUACCGCGACAGGAGGGUUCGCUGCUGCGGGUUAUUAUGCAGGUAGCAGCAUUAUAUUUGGUGUUGUAUUGCUCCUCGUGGCGCGAUACCUCCAUCUCGGACGCCUAUGGGGCAAGUUUUGAAUGGCCGUUCAGUGAGGCGAAUCUAGCGUUGUGGAUGUGCUCUAGAAUGGCUCAGAAGGAGUGGGUCUGGUAUGAUUCAUGCGUGGUACCGAGCACCAUCAGCGCUCCGUCCCACAUUCAUAAUAAACUAGUUUAACAAUUUGUUCCUACAUUGAUGUUGGGCGCAGAGCUCUUUAUACUUUUUUGUGUAAACUAGUAGUUGCUUUACUUGACCUUUGCCCGUCUGAUCAGAGGACGAAAGCGAGAUGAGAUAUGUAAGUUGACCGGCACUUUGUGUUUCGUUCCGGGCGGAUUUCAGGGGCAGCCGACUGGACUGGAGUGUCCAUGUGGACUCGGACAAGGCGAACUCCUGCAGGUCAGCAGCUCGCCCGUCAGUGGCUUUGUGUCGUGAAAUUACCAUCGAGGAAUCUCACAAAAGUUGCUCACCGAGCACUCGGAGAUGAGCAAUGUUGAUGUGGACAAACCUUGGUAAUCAACUGAGUCUACGG